UUUGAUUUUGGUAAAACAACGAGAAAAAGAGAGAAAAUACCCCAUGCAGACAAAAAAGCAAAUACAUAUCACAGUAUGGACAAUUUAAUUCUACCCCAUGCAGACAAAAAAGCAAAUACAUAUCACGGUAUGGACAAUUUAAUUCUACCCCAUGCAGACAAAAAAGCAAAUACAUAUCACGGUAUGGCGAGCCUAUUUCUCUGGUUCAACCCUCCCUAUAAAAAGUUUCCAGAUCCGCGCCUGUCUCAACACAAUAAACAUUUUUCACUUUGAGUAUGUAACGAGAGACAACUCGAAUACUUUCAAACCGAAAGUAAGCAACUUGCACGACAUGAUGGCUGCUGCACUAGGUGGAAAUGUCGACAAAGAACUUGUAUUUAGCUGCCCCAUCUGUUUGGAGCCGGUCAAGACACCCAGAUGUUUGCCGUGUCUACAUACGUUUUGCGAAUCCUGCAUCCAGACAUAUAUUUCUAGCACGGCCAUUCGUAAAGAAGAAGAGUAUCAGAAUAUUGAGUGUCCGGUAUGUCGCAAAGAAACCCGCCCACCAGCAAAGUGUAUGUCGUCGGAAGAAUGGGCCACGAGUUUACCAAUCAACUACCUGGUAAAUGCACUUUCAGUGAAGUCAAAUGAAUCAGAAAAACUUUGCGUAAUAUGCAAAAGGCAAGGCAAUGAUGUAGCUGGUAUUUAUUGGUGCAAAAAUUGUAUGGUGGAAAUUUGUGACAACUGCAAGACAUACCACAGCUUUGUACCAACUCUGGAGAAUCACAAAAUAGUCAAAGUUUCGGAGGCGAAGGAUUGUCUGGAAAUUUUUGAUAUGGAUGAACCGUGCAGCAUACACAAAAAUAAAACCAUUGAAGUGUACUGCGGGGAUCACGAUAAAUUAUGCUGCAGCGUCUGCUUCGCAACCCAACACAGGAGAUGUGAACGAGUCGAAGCAAUAGAGGAUGUUUGUAGCAGAUUUGAUAGGGCUGAUAUAAAACCCAGGUUAGAUAAAGUUUCUAAAUCCCUGGAGAUGCUCGAGAAUUUGCAAGAAAAUAACAGGGAGAAAGUCGACAAACUGAAGGCUCGGAAAGAAGUGAUAAUUAGAGAUGUUGAAGAAAGAAAUGAGAAAGCAAAGAGAGCUCUGGAUAAAGGUUUUGCUCAGUGGAAAAAACAGUUUGAACAAAAGCAUGGAAAUUGUCUUCAAACUCUCGACAUUGCAUGCGACGAGAUGAGAAGGUUUUCCACCACGCUGAAGGAAGCAAGGUUUACAUUUUCUCUUCUGAGGGAGAAGGGGUCACUUAAACAGUUGUUUCUGAUGACACAUAGACUGGAAUCACAGAUUGCGGAACACUUUCACAGACUGAAAUUGAGGAUGGAAGUAGAAACAUUUUUUGACUACCAACACUCCAUGGGAAGUGAAUUAACUGACUUUGUAUCAAAUAAUGGAAAGAUCCCGGAUGUUGAAUGCAUUAAGUCGAUACUAUCAGGUGUAAUUAUGGCACAGCUGAGGAAUGUUAUGUCACCGGAUAGUUCAAUUUCACCCAAACCUUGGUUGGCGAACAUGGAUUUAAUGAAUAUUAUUCCAAGAAAGGUAUCCGAACAUGUUAUACAAGGCUGCGAGGAACCUCUGUAUCAUUCUCUGUAUAGAUACAAUGACACUGUACUGUUGUCAUUGGGUCAAACUAUCCAAAUAUAUGACGUCAGAGGCAAUACUUGGAUACACAAAUACACAGAAGAAUGUGAUGAUAACCCUCAUGCAAUAGCUCAAACCAAUGUCCUGCACGAGGUGUAUGUUGCCUUUGGUACUUAUAUUGCCGUUUACAACAUCAACGAGGAAAAUCAAAUGACUCUCGUGAUAAAAAUACCGAUGAGUCCUGAGGUCACGAUUGAGAGCUUUACCUUAAUGGACGGAUCUGUAAUUUGUGCAGAUGGGAGUGGACUUAAGAUACUAAAUCUGAAUUUUUCCGUGAAGGAAAAACGAAAUAUCAAGAUAGAUGGAGAUAUUGCUUACGUGGCAGCAUCGAACAAAGCAAAGAGAUUUGCGUUUGUGAGGACGACUAUUAAUGGAGAACAAACAGUCACCUCUCAAAAUCUGAGUGGAGACACAUACUUUAGAUACAAAAUGAAACGCCAAGACUUACGUGGAAUAGCAUUUGAUUCGCAGGAUAAUGUUUUUGUUUGUGACUUUUCAGAAAAGAAUGAACUUGUCCAAAUAAGUUCCAAUGGAAAGAAAUUAAGAAGUAUCAGGCCAGGAUUAUCUAACCCUUACAGCAUAACAUUCCAUCCUGAGGGCCACAGAUUCUUGCUAUCAAACAAGAGAAAGGAAUGCUGCAUUUAUGAAAUACCACAGUGAGAGAGGGAUGAAAACGAAAUAUUAACAUUCUCUCCAGUUUACAUACAAACAGUAAACUAAUUUUGAAAAAAUACACUGAUCUAUGGCAUGCAAUAUAAUUUAUGUUAACAUGUAAUAUGAUUUUAUUGACAUGCAAGUUACCAAUAUUUUCAGAUAUUCUGAUUUUAAUAUUGGUAAAUUUACUAACUAACCUCAGUUUCUGAUAUCAUACAUACGUGACUUGCAUGUCUACAUGAUUAUCGUGUAUGUAGAUUUAAUUAUUUUGCAUUUUGACAUAGUUUUCUCGAAAGUUGACAUAAUUUAUCUUGCAUGCAUGGGGCAGAAGUAUGCCACCAUAGUGGCCCCCAAAAAUAAAAUAAACAAAACAAAAACAAACAAACAAACAAACAAAAUAAACCCCCCAAAAAAGAACCCCCAAAACACCCCGCUUAGUAAUAAUCUUUUGAAAUAAAUUUUGAUAUAUUUUUGGGUUCUAGAAUGAAUCGCCUGCUUACUCCUUGUUUCAUCUAACUGGACAGGUAUUCAUUGGUUCUCCUGGGGGCACGAUAUAUAAUUGAACUUGGGUGACCUUGAACCGUUAAUAACUGUAAUUAUAAUUAACGGUUGUGAUACUUUGAUUAUUAACCCAACAUUUGCAUCAUUUUUGUGUUAUCAAUAAAUGAAAUAUCAAGUA